AUGUAUCUAAUCUUUAAUUCCAAAUGGGAAAUAAGAAAAAAUUCCUACAAAAACUUUUUCUCAAAUUAACAUGAAGAUUGUAUCUAAUGGAGCUAGGAUGGGAAUUCAAUUUUAAUUAUUUCUGCUGAAUUAUUUCAGGAAAAGGUAAUGCCCUUCAAUUUUAAUUCAACAAAAAUUUCAGCGUUUUAUAGGCAAUUGAGUCAGUAUGGAUUUAAAGUGAAAUAAAAUGAGAAAAAACAAAAAUAAUUUCACCAUUCUAAUUUUUAAAAAGGAAAUAUGUAAUACAAUAAUAUUUUAUCUAUUAGAGAAAAAUUAAUAGCCUUAGAGAAGAGAGAAAAAUUAUAAAGUCACUUAGAUUACAGAAGUAGUUUAAGUGAAGAAAAUAAAAAAUUAAAUAAUGAGUUAAAACUCCUACAAAAAUAGUAAUUGGUAAUUUAAGCUUAAUUGAAUAUCCACACGAAGAUAUAUCUACAGAUUUGUAAAUAGAUUAAAGGCAUAUAUGAAGUGUGA